GGAGUGACUGAUGUCCUGUGUGAAGCUUGUGACCAGUUAGGAUGGAAGGUGCCAACAAAGAUCCAAGUUGAGGCUAUUCCGUUAGCUCUCCAAGGCAGAGAUAUCAUUGGGCUGGCAGAGACUGGCUCUGGGAAGACAGGAGCCUUUGCUUUGCCCAUCCUUCAGGCCCUGCUGGAGACACCUCAGCGGUUGUUUGCCCUCGUGCUCACCCCAACAAGGGAACUUGCCUUCCAGAUCUCAGAGCAGUUCGAGGCACUCGGCUCCUCCAUCGGCGUCCACACCACGGUUGUCGUGGGUGGAAUCGACACCAUGUCCCAGGCCCUGGCCUUGGCCAAGAAGCCCCAUGUUAUAAUAGCGACACCUGGCCGUCUGGUUGAUCAUCUGGAGAACACAAAGGGCUUCAACUUACGAGCUCUGAAGUUCCUGGUGAUGGAUGAGGCCGACCGGAUCCUUAACAUGGACUUUGAGACAGAGGUGGAUAAGAUUUUAAAAGUGAUUCCUCGAGACAGGAAGACAUUCCUGUUUUCUGCUACCAUGACCAAGAAGGUCCAAAAACUCCAGCGUGCUGCUCUGAAGAAUCCUGUUAAAUGUGCUGUUUCUUCCAAGUAUCAGACAGUUGAAAAGCUACAGCAGUACUACAUUUUCAUCCCCUCCAAAUUUAAGGACAGCUACCUGGUUUAUAUCUUGAGUGAACUAGCUGGAAACUCCUUCAUGAUAUUCUGUAGCACGUGUAACAACACUCAGAGGACUGCUCUGCUGCUCCGCAACCUGGGCUUCACGGCCAUCCCUCUGCACGGGCAGAUGAGUCAGAACAAACGUUUGGGUGCCCUGAACAAGUUCAAGGCCAAGGCCCGUUCCAUUCUGCUGGCAACUGAUGUGGCAAGCAGAGGUCUGGACAUCCCACACGUAGAUGUGGUGAUCAACUUUGAUAUUCCUACACACUCUAAGGAUUACAUUCAUCGUGUUGGGAGAACAGCUCGAGCUGGGAGAUCUGGCAAAUCUAUCACUUUUGUCACUCAGUACGACGUGGAGCUGUUCCAGCGCAUCGAGCACCUGAUUGGCAAGAAGCUGCCGGCGUUCCCCCUGCAGGAGGAGGAGGUCAUGAUGCUGACAGAGCGUGUGGCUGAGGCUCAGAGGUUUGCUCGAAUGGAGAUGCGGGAGCAGGGGGAGAAGAAGCGUUCCCGGAAUGAUGAUGAUGAUGACACAGAAGAAGCUAUUGGUGUGAGGAAUAAGGUGGCAGGUGGGAAAAAGAAGAAAAGGAAAGCCUUCUAA